UCAUCAUCCUAUAUAAGUGUAGUAAGAUUGCACGAAUCUAAUACACGAAACAUUUGAAGUUCGACAAUUAGAUACAUAAUUCUUCGAAUAACUUCUCGAUGACUGCACUCAAGUAUAUGCAAGCUAUAGUGCUGCUUCUGGGGAUUUUGGUGCCUGCCCUUAAGACAACAGGAGCACAAUCCAUAGGUGUGUGCUAUGGAAGAAACGGGGAUAAUUUGCCCUCUCAGCAGGCAACAAUCGAUCUGUGCAAAGCCAAUCGAAUCGGAAAAAUGAGACUCUACCAUCCGGAUCAAGCCGCACUCCAAGCUCUUAGAGGAACAGAUAUAGAGGUCAUUCUUGACGUGCCUAAUCCGGACCUGCAAUCCCUCCAGGAUCCUGCAGCAGCAAAAACAUGGGUUCAGAAUAAUAUUCAGAGUUACACGCCAGGAGUGAACUUUCGUUACAUUGCUGUGGGAAACGAAGUUGAUCCUAGCACCGGUAAUUCCCAGUAUGUUAACUAUGUCCUUCCAGCCAUGCGGAAUGUGCAUGAUGCUAUUGUAGCAGCAGGAUUACAGGAUCAAAUUAAGGUCUCAACCGCGACUUACUCGGGUAUCACAAGUGGAUUUCCUCCCUCAAAGGGCGAAUUCCAUGAUAAUGCAAAGGGCUUCAUUGAACCAAUCAUUCAGUUUUUAGCACAAAACAAUUUGCCAUUGCUCGCGAAUAUUUACCCUUAUUUUAGCUACCUUGGAACGCCUCAGGGCAAUCUUGACUAUGCUCUGUUUAGGUCACAGAGUCCAGUUGUAUCAGAUGAUGGUAACCGUCAAUACUGGCAUCUUUUUGACGCGUUGUUGGAUACUAUUUACUCGGGUGUUGAGAAAGCUGGUGGCCCUAACGUCGAGAUCAUUGUAUCAGAGAGUGGAUGGCCUUCUGCAGGUGAUCGAGAGGCAAGUGUAGAAAAUGCACGGACUUAUUACCAGAAUUUGAUUAGUCAUGCGAAGAAAAAUGGGACGCCAAAGAGACCAGACAAACUAGUUCAAGUUUUCCUGUUCGCAAUGUAUGAUGAAAACCAGAAAGGAGGGGCUGAGACUGAGAAACAUUUUGGGAUCUUCGAUCCCACGAGUCAGCAGUCCAAAUACCAACUCAGUUUUUAAGCUAUGAUCUUGAUCAAAUGUCAUGUCGUAAAAUAUAUGUAAUUCACAUUACUUUCCAGCAGUUACCAGAUCAAAAAUAAAGUCAGGGCAUAAGACCAAAGAAUAGUAAUAAAAUCUUAUACUGUUAAUUGUUCGUGCAA